AUUGUCCGCUUCGGUCUCCCCCUCCAUGUCCUUCUACCUCCACCGCCGGCGUCGUCUAACCCAAAUAACCAACCAGUCUGGGGUCUGAUCCCUGCGGUCCAGUCAGGACCUCUGGAUGGAGACUUGGUAAGGUUGUGUUGGAGGGCAUGUGCUAGUCGGGGGAGGUACUAGUGGCCACGACCUGGGACGUCACAGACGAGCCAGACUCCCUGGCUGCCAUCACUCUCUUGUUUAUGUGAGAACGAUUGCGGGGUCGAAGAGUUAGUAACUCAGACAGCUGCAGUGGAGACUGAGAUAGGAAAUAUCAUUCAACACUUAAAUGGAACAGGGACACCUUUUGGGCGAUCCUUAUCCAGCUUGCAAAGCGACCACAGGGGGGCAGUCAUCAAUGUUGCACCCAGAGAGCACAGGAGAGAAGAACACACACAACGUCAACCAGCAGCAGGUCUUGGCAGAGGACUUCUUGUCAGGUUUCUGCCAGCCUGCAGGAUUAGGAGCCAACAUGGAGGUGGGGACAACUCUUCUCCCAGCAGCCAAGCCUCCGAGUAUCGCUGAUCCUCUGCAACCAUCGUCAGGGUCAGACGCCCCAAAAAUGUCCAACAGCCCCAUGCUGCCUGAACCCCAAGCCCCUCGCAGCCCCUUGGACCUGUCAGCAGGUGCUUUAGGUGACUGCUGGCCAGACCCGACUGGCUGCCUUUCGCCCGACCUUCCUUUCUCCCCCAGCGUGACCGCUGUGAUAAGUCGCCACGCCAACAGUCUCGCCAUGACCCCCGACACUCCCCCGGAGACCUGCCCCGGCAGGGAAAGCGCCGCCUACGCCGCGGCCGACGAACGGGACGGAGAGGAGUCGGACAGAAAACAGAAGAAAAAGAAGAAAAGGCGACAAAAAGACGAGGGCUCUCACGAACACUUUGAGAUGCAGUCCCAGGGAGAAAAUGCCGCCUCAGCACAACUGCCCCAUCAGCAGAAAAGUGGAGAUGGUGUGUGGGAAGAGCAGAUUUGGAAAAGUGGAGGGCGGGGUAAGAAGGGGAAAAGCAGGAAGAAGAUUCCAGAAGAGUGGGAAGUGAAUCCUGAACAAAUGGACACGUCUUCCACUGAUACUAAAAUCACACAGGACUUGAUGAAGGAUCUUGGAAGUUCAGAUCUGAUUGACAUUUCAUUUCCUGACCCCAAGCAGACCUCCUGGAAGAAGGAGAUCUUCACAGAGGAAGGUUUGAUUCCCGCUUCUUUAUCUCACGAUCUGUUGUCUCCUGAGAGCGUUUCCGUCAGUCCACUCGUGCUGAACAGCGAGCUGAAAGCCACGGCAGCUCCGUUCACCAUGCCCUCCUCCACCUGUCCUGGACCUGCAGGCUCCUUAGCCGGGCCUCAAAGUCCAGAUGAAUCCUUCAAUCUGCUGAUCGAUGUUAAAGAUGUGGACAUGGUUGACAGCGGGAUGUUUGACAGCAGCAGUUUUUUUCAGGAGCCUCGUAUACAAGCCAUGGAUACGUCUGCUUUUAGUCCUUCUCCGCAGCCGAGCGCCAGCCUUUCCGUAGAAGGUGCGGUGUUGGCGUCGGCCCCGCCCCUGUCCCCGUCAGACGCUUCAUGGCUGCUGAACAACUCGCAGGUGAGCAGCAAUAACGAGCUGUUCGAUUUCAGCGACACGAGCGCUCCAAGCCUGGCCUUCGACACCCCAAGCCCCGCCCCCCUGCGCUCCCCUAAAACCACAGCACAACAAUCCAAAAGCAAAGAUCACAAACAUGAUCUUAAACACUCCAAGAAGUCACGUUCUUCUCCUCUUCAAAGUCCGACAUCAGCAGACGCGAACCAGUUCCCGCCAGCAGAGUCUGCAGGUAUCAGCCCAGCUUCUUCCCCAUCAGCCAGCCCUCUCGGACCUCCUGGAUCUGCUCUUAAUCCUGCAGCCAAGCCUUUCUUCCCCAGUUUUGCUGAUUCUUUGGAACAACCAACUGUGGUCGCCCCCGCCAUCCAAGACAUCAAGGUCAAGUCAGACAAAAAGGAGGAAAAGCCGGAUGUGGAUGAAACUGAGCAGAAGAGCGUGAAGGUUGAAUGUGCAGUCAGUGAAGCAGCAACUAAGAUGGAGAUUGACAAAGAAAAACAAAACAAAUUGUGGAAUGAACCUGAAAAUCUGCAUGAGAAGGAGAAGAAGGAGGCAGAGAAGUUUUUAAAUGAAGCCAAAGGUGAGAAAGAGAAGGGAAAAGAAUCAGAAAAGAUUCCUAAUGAAAAAGUGAAAGUUAAAGAAGAACAAGAGAAGGUUGAAGAAAAGACAAAUCAGUCUGAGAAGGAAAAAAUAUUGCAGCAGAAAACAGAAGAUAAAAGUCAGAAAGUGGAAGAAAGUGCAGCCAACAAGAAGACAACCACAACUUUUGAUGAGGUGGAAAAAGUGGAAACGUUGAUGACAAAGAAAGAUGAGAGCGUUGAAAAGAAAAUGUCAGAAAAGGAUGAAAAAACUAAAAAAGUGAGCAAAGAUCAGCAUGUUGGAGACAAGGUGGAAACACCGGAGCAGCUGGUGACGUCUGUUAAGAUCCACGCUGCUCCUGAAAAGACAGAGAAGAUGUCUGACGUGAUGACGGACAUGUUGGAAGCUUCUAAACCUUCAGUUGUUGUGGAGAAAGUGAGGCUAGAAGAAGAAGUGAAGAUAGUCAGUGGGAAAACAGUAGAGGUGAAUCAGAUCACCCAGAAAGAAGAGCCGAAAGACAAAAUUAAGAUUGUGGAGAAGGAGGACAAGAAAGACGACAAGAAGGACCAGAAAGACGUCAAGAUGGACGAGAAGAAAGACGAGAAGGAGGACAAGAAAGACGAGAAGAAGGAUGAGAAGAAAGACAUCAAGAAGGAUGAGAAGAAAGACGAGAAGAAGGAAAAAGCAGUGAAGACAGAAGGAGUCGACAAAGCCAAGAAAACAAAAACUUUCACUAACGGGAGCAGUGGAACAAGCAAAGAAUCAACAAGUGCCGACAAAAAGACCAAGCCUGCUGGAGUUACGGCUGCAACCAAACCGAGUGCCGCCGCCAAAACACGGCAGGUCACAGCCGCUGCUGGUAGCAGUUCUGCAGCAACAACCACAAAGCGCCCCACGCCUCCAUCAGCCACCGCCAUCUCAGACAAAAAAAACACAACCACAAAGGCCCCAUCGACGGCUGCUGCUGGCCCAAGGCGGCCUUCCUCCAACACUACAAGCCGCCCCUCAUCGUCAGCCACCACUACUACUACAACACGUGACGUCAAACCCAAGACUCUCGCAGAGAGGCGCCCCCCCGUGCCAAAGGCUGGUACUGCUGCCUCAAGUCAAGCAGGCUCGUCUGCCGCCAUCAAAAAUGGAACAACGAGCACAACAUCGACCACGAGAACAACAACAUCAACGCGUACGACAACAUCAGCUCGCACUACCGCCCCCAAAAAGCCGCCGGCCUCGAGGACAGACAGCCAAUCAGGUGUGGAGAAGAAGCCCAGCACUCUAAAAACUUCCACAGCUGAUUCCACCAAACCUAAGACCACCACAACAACAACAACUCGGACUUCCAGUUCCACUGCGACCGCUGCCUCGCGCGCACGAGCCGCAGCCACCAAAGCGAGCUUACCUUCCACCACUGCAGUACCAGAGAAGAAGCCAGCAGUACCUCGUGUUCCAAGGACCACAUCUUCAGCAGCAGCAGCUACCAGCACCAGCAGCUCCUCCAGGACUACAGCUCGUCUUGGAACUUCAUCAGCGCCUGACAUCAAGAACGUUCGCUCUAAGAUCGGCUCUACGGACAACAUGAAGCACCAACCAGGCGGUGGAAAGGUGUCAGCAGCCUCUAAGAGCAGAGGUCUGGCCUCCAAAGAAACAAGCCAGGUCAAAGUUCAGAUAGUCUCCAAAAAACUGGACUUCAGUCAUGUGGGCGCACGCUUGGGCUCCAAGGACAAUAUGAAGCAUGUUCCUGGUGGAGGGAAUGUGCAGAUCCUCAGCAAGAAGGUGGAUUUAAGUAAGGUGACGUCAAAGUGCGGCUCGAAGGACAACAUCAAACACAAGCCUGGUGGCGGUAUUGUGAAGAUCGAGUCACACAAAGUGAACUUUAGAGAAAAAGCUCAGUCCAAAGUGGGCUCCAUGGACAACGUGAGCCAUUCCCCCGGUGAAGGAAACGUCUGGGCUGAGGGGGCCCAGGAGACAGGAGAGUGUGUUGGGACCCCAUCCCUAGCACCUGGCCCAGAGUCUGGGCAGGUGGGGAGCCUUGCUGCACAUGAGAAUGGGCUGAAGGAGGGGGCUCUGUGUGAUAAUGAGGGCCUCCAGGAGCCCAAGGCUCUGGUUGCUCACAUCCCAGAGACAAGCAUCUAAUACUGCUAUCCCUCUGCCCCCCCUCUCCUCCACCAUGUCGUCUACUCCCUCCUCCCGUCAUCCCGACUCUCCUCCCCCUUAUUCUCUUUCCAACAUUUCUGCCGCAGAUUGAGUCGCUCAAGCUAAACUUCCGAGAAGGCUCACGGACCACGGCGCCGACAUCAUCAUCUGGCCCGCCUCCCAUGACGACAACAGACCCCACCCUCGUGGUCCCUCCCACAGCAGUGUGCCCCUUAGUGAGAAGUUGGCUCCCCCUCUGUACCCUUCCUCGCAUCCAGGGGGGACAACCGCAGCCCCUUAAAGGAGUCUUAGCUCGCCUUUCAAGCUCCUAACCCCUUUGCGCCUACCCAGCAUGUACCAUUCUUCUGUACUUACGGUAUCUGCACGGACUGUUACGAUGGGAAACCAAUUGCUCUCCAAAGACAGAUUUGUUGCUUUUCCUUUCCAACUCGUACAGUUCGUCGAGCGAAACAUUAUUUUAUUAUUUUUUUUCCCAGUAAUGUAUCUGCUUACUAUAAUAAUUCAUCACAUCUUUACUCUAGCCUAGAAACAUAAACAAGCUAUACAUUUUAGAUAGUGAUUUAAGUGACAAACAUAAACAAGCUUUUUACUUGUUGAUUACCUCUUAGCUUUUUCAUUCUAAGACCUUAUUUAUUUCUUAUCAUUUGAAGUUUUAGACAUAUGGCCUCAUUCGUCGCAAUUUACCUGACACAUGAAACGUGACAAAUUGUGAGGGCGCGCUAUCCACUUUCGCCGCCAGACUGCAGUAGAGUGUUGGAUAUUUUAAAAUGUGUUUUUGUGGCAAUCCCAGCUUUGACCACAGCGUGGUGGCACUUUCCAUAAUUUUCAGCAAAAUUAUUAACCUCUCUCCUGAGAUCCACCCAGGAAUGGGGCCAUAUGAAUCUCAUCCCUCCCGUAUAUCAGCAACAUCGACUCGGGAAAAAUCCUGUGUCGGCAUUUUGUAAACUUAAUAACGGACUCACUGUAGGCCAGGGGUGUCCUAACUUUUGGACUGGAUUUGAUACAUUUUGUGCAUGAAACAUGCAAAACGCCAAUACGUGCUAAGCGAACUGAACAAAAUAUCCGAGCUUUGGGUUAAAGCAAAAUACAACGGAACAGGUUUAUUUCGAAAAGCCGUCUGUGGACCAAUUCAAGCCCGAAAAAGUGCCCGCUUAAGUUGACGUCGACCUGCAUAAAGCCUUGGAAAAAAUGGUUAGUUUAAAUCAACGUUUUGCGGACCGUAAGAAGGAACAACUCACCAUUCAAUCAGAUUCAGAAUCGGUUCAACACGAUUCUCUAUUCAAUACGAUUCUCACAAUAUUUUCUUUAUAAUAAAACAUUUUCAAAGCAGGUCACCAAAGCUCCUAUUUGCUGAUGACACAUGAAAAUUAGGUGAGCGCGAAGAUGACCUAAAAAUAAAAAUAAAAUAGAUUCUUGGACAUUUUGAAUCGAUUUUUUUCCAGAACCCCGAGACAGCAACAUUACUGUUGUCCUAAAACCAGCCUUCCUGUUUGGUGCCAGGCAGUAUUCACACAAAGAAAAAUCGGCUCAGCACGUUCAAGUACGAGUGCGACCUUCAGACACGAGAGAUGACCUUGAGAUGGUGUUAAGAGGAAAGUGAGCAAAGAAACGAUGCUAGGUGAGUUUUUAUUGAAAGCAUGUUUAUUGAGUAAGUUUAAAAUAACACAAAUGGUUGCAGUGACGCUCCUGAAGUUAUCGGUGUGGUUCCUUACUUUAAACCAGUGGUUCUUGACCUUGUUGGAGGUACCGAACCCCCCCAGUUUCAUAUGCGCAUUCACCGAACCCUUCUUUAGUCAAAUUCAAGACAAAGUUAUAUGUUUUUGGUAACACUUUAGUAUGGGGAACAUAGUCUAAGUAAUAAAGACUUAAUUUAGAGUUAUUUGGUUAGGGUUAGAGGGUUAGGGCCAGGGUUAGAGGGUUAGGGUUAUAAUAAGGCCAUGCCGAAUAAGGCAUUAAUAAGUGCUUAAUAAUGACUAGUUAAGAGCCAAUAUGUUACUAAUUUGCAUGUUAAUAAGCAACUAAUUAAUGGUGAAUAUGUUCCCCAUACUAAAGUGUUAUCAUGUUUUUUUUACUGGUGCACAAAAUGAACCGUGCAUGAACAUCACGUUUGUUCAAACAACAAAACCAACACAGUGCAUAAACUCACAACAAAUUACACACCUGCAAAUCAGUCUGACUUCUGCUGUUGCCGUAUCCGUAAUAUGCAGAUAAGGAGAAGUUUUUAUUUACACGAUGAGUCGGGUGUGUUUUGACCUACGCCGAACCCCUGAGACCGACUCACCGAACCCAGGUUAAGAACCACUGCUUUAAACACAUCACAAUCAAAAUUGUGGCUGAACUGUGCAAUUUUAAGUGUUUUUCAUAGUUUUUCUGCCUACUAUUUUUUUAAUAUGUUAAAGCCCUCAACAAGCUGAUUUAGUUGUCAGAAUAAAAAUAACUGGGAAAAAAAAUCCCACAUACAUUUUGAAUGGGCCUGCUAUUUAUUGCUAACCUCUGGUUGACUUUUGAGACCGACGACUUCUUUAAAACUAUUUUACCCUGGCAUGCUUAGUGAACAGGAAUGCCAACAUAAUGUGGGGGGUUCUUUGUGCGGUUUGGUCUGGAAGGUUCGGAGUAAUCAGAUGCUGCAGGCCCAUAAAAAUAGUAACAAAGAAUUAUAACAUAUAAUUGUCACCUGUACCACUUUUACAAUUUGAUUGAUUUAGCACAUUUUGACAAACACUGGAUUGCGUGUUUAACUCAUCGAAACGAAGAAUAUUUCUAAAAUUGGGACAUCCCUGCCUUAUGUGACAAUUUUGCAAACAAGGAAGUAGUGAUAAUAACAUGGUGUUUCAUCUAAAAACAACAAUGCUCGCUAAUUAGUGACUGCAGGACGUGAGCAAAGGGGAAGUAGUUUUUGGUCAUUCAAACAGAACAUCUCAUAUUAGAGGAUUUAUUAGAUUUGGAUCGUUCUUUUGUAAAACUCAUGUUGUUUGUUUAAUAGCUGUCUUUGGUCCCUAACUGCAGUUUUGAAGCUUAGCGUUCCUAACAAAGCUCGUCUGUCGUGUUUUAUCUACUUGGAGGCAGCAAAGGGUUUAUAACGGAAGAGCAAUAAGUGUCCAGCAUAUUUAUUUUGUCGAUUCAACCUUGCUAGUACGGUGGACCUUCUAAAACAGGGGUCCCUAAACUUUUUGACUCGGGGGCCGCAUUGGGUUAAAAAAAUUUGGCCGGGGGCUGGGCCGUAAAUAUAUAUAUAUAUAUAUGUAUAUAUAUAUAUUAUAUAUACAUAUAUGUAUACAUUGUCUUUAUAUUCCAGCGAGUUAAUCCGUUUUGUCAUUUAACAUCAAUUAACAUUGAUGUUCAUCAACAUUUAACAUUGUCACGUUAUCGAUGGGAAAAUUCAUUUUGAGACAAUAUGAUUUGCCUGAGCGGCUCGGAAAGACACCGAGAGUAACAAGCGGUAUAAAAUGGAUUAGAAAGGAAAGAUAAAAUUAAUUUAAAAAAAAAUUUUAAACAUUUUUUUUUUUAACUUGGGACUUCCCGUGGGCCGGAUUUUGGAUGCUGGGGGGGGUCGGAUCCGGCCCGCGGGCCUUAGUUUGGGGACCCUUGUUCUAAAGUGUUUGUUUCAACCUUCGCUUUCAUCAAAUGACCAGUCAGUUUUCCCUGUAAGAAAUGCAAGAAACCGAAUAAAUGAAAUUGUCACCAUCCUAAAACCUUAAGCAUAAUAUUUUAACUACCGUAUUUUCCGGACUAUUAGUCGCAGUUUUUUUCAUAGUUUGGCCGGGCUCCAGUGCAACUUAUAUAUGUUGUUUUCCUUCUUUAUAAUGCAUUUUCGGCAGGUGCGACUUAUACUCCGGUGCGACUUAUACUCCGAAAAAUACGGUAACCCCGCCCGUAACAAAUAACGAACAAAAAAAAGAACAUCAUCACAACUCUGACUUGACAUCUCAGCGUUUUAACUUUUGCCCACCAAAUAUUUAGAAUCAUUUUCCAUAUUUUUAAUCAAGAAGAACCCAAACUCAUUCGUACUUCACGUCACAAUAAUGGCAAAUUUAUCACGCACCAAUCAAACUGUAUUUCUAAAUGAUUACCGUAUUUUUCGGAGUAUAAGUCGCACCGGAGUAUAAGGCGCACAUGCCGAAAAUGCAUAAUAAAGAAGGAAAAAAACAUAUAUAAGUCGCACUGGAGUAAAAGUCGCAUUUUUUGGGGAAAUUUAUUUGACAAAACCCAACAACAAGAAUAGACAUUUGAAAGGCAAUUUAAAAUAAAUAAAGAAUAGUGAACAACAGGCUGAAUAAGUGUAUGUUAUAUGACUCAUAAAUAACCAACUGAGAACGUGCCUGGUAUGUUAACGUAACAUAUUAUGUUAAGAGUCAUUCAAAUAACUAUAACAUAUAGAACAUGCUAUACGUUUACCAAACAAUCUGUCACUCCUAAUCGCUAAAUCCCAUGAAAUCUUAUACGUCUAGUCUCGUGAAUGAGCUAAAUAAUAUUACUUGAUAUUUUACGGUAAUGUGUUAAUAAUUUCACACAUAAGUCGCUCCUGAGUAUAAGUCGCACCCCCAGCCAAACUAUGAAAAAAACUGCGACUUAUAGUCCGAAAAAUACGCUACUCAUUCAUGUUAAAUAUGUGUGACCUUGCUUAUAUGAAACGGGGACAACUCUCCAAAAUAAAUCAAAAUAGCACAACCAAGUGUUGCCUGAUGGGAGAUGACAAAUUAUCUCAGCAGAAGCUUUAAACAUCACAUUUUGAGGAAAAACCCCUCUAACGUACAUACUCAUUUUGAUUAAUUCCACUUUGCAGGUGAAUUUAUCAGACCGAUGUGAUAAGUAUUGUAGAGAUACAAUUAUUAUUGUACGUCUGGCAACGCAGUUCACCAGUACUAUCCUGGUAAAAGAAAAAAAAAGUGUGCCUUUUUUUUAUUUGUUUAAAAUGAUUUUUAAACUACUCAACCAUGAAUUUAAUUUGCUGAAUGUUUUGGACUUAUACCAAUGCAUGGCUUUCAUCAGAUAUUUUUAUUGGCGCGACCCUGCCCGGGGUUUGAACCCGCGCCCCCUCCUCUAAAAGACAUGUUUUAUUACACUAGCAGAGUUGGUGAAUUUUGCUCAUUUGUUUUGAUUGGUAACAAAGCAGGAGAGGAAAUAAUUACUCCAAAUGUCUUAUAAAGCAUCUUGUCUUUCAUUAAUUCCAUUGACAUUUUACUAUUACUAUUUUUCAUUCUCAUUGAAAUACAAGACAAAGUGUUGUCUCUUUCAAUUCAUUGUGUAUGUUUCUAAAUACAAGGCAAUAGCAUUUUUAAAGGGAUAAUGUCACAUUGUUAAUGAAUAUAUUCCUCAUUUGAAUAACAUUAAAUAUAUGUUUGUGAUUGUACUUUGAAUUGAACAAAGUUCAUAUACCGUAUUUUUCGGAGUAUAAGUCGCAUCUGCCGAAAAUGCAUAAUAAAGAAGGAAAAAAACAUAUAUAAGUUGCACUGGAGCCCGGCCAAACUAUGAAAAAAAACUGUGACUUAAUAGUCCGAAAAAUACGGUACUCAUCCUAAAAAAAAUCUAGGUAAAUAGAUUUAGUGUCUUAUUAGCAUAUUUGCUAUUGACGUCCAUUACGUCAGGCUUUUCAUAGCAACUUUAAAGCUAAUAUUGGAAAUAUUUUGCUCGCUGGUUUUAUAUGAAUCCAUUGAAGAAAUAUAGCGAGGGCAGUUGAGUUGUAAUAUGUGACACCCUAUUUAAGCAUUAAAAUGAUUUAAUACAUUUAAAAUAACCUCUAUUGGUAAAAAAAAUUCAUAAUUAUUUUGGAAAUGAGCUAGCUUGCCAUUUUAGGGAAGUUAAAUCCGACAUGACAGCUCCUCUUAAAUGUUUUCUUUACGUUCUUUAUAACUUACUGAGUUCAAGUAAAGCACAAAACUGUAUAGGGCACAUAUUUUAACACAUUUAAAAAGGGGUUCUUAUGACUUAAAGGCGCAUUAAACACAUCUGUGUCUCUAUUGGAAAAUGUCACUUUAAUGAUGGACAUUGCACCUUAUUGAUUUAACAGAAUAUAACAACCUACCGUAUUUUUCGGAGUAUAAGUCGCACCGGAGUAUAAGGCGCAUCUGCCGAAAAUGCAUGAUAAAAAAGGAAAAAAACAUAUAAGUCGCACUAUGAAAAAAACUGACUUAUAGUCCCAAAAAUACGGUAAUUAUGAAGGAAUGUUUGUCUAGACCACAUAAACAAAAUUAAAUGUAAACUCCUCCCCUCCACAAAAACAAUGUGCAGGUUGUUCUUUGACGUCGUAAAACCUUUUGGUGGUCACAAUGUGAGAAUUAUUUGGCAUCCUGUCAUCUUUAAUCUUUGCCUGUAACUGUGAGACUGCACACUGAUGUACUUUAUUGUAUUUUAUUGCAACAACACAAACGGUGACAGAUUUAAUCGGGCGGAGGCUUCUUUUUUUUUUAAGGACAGACGGGCUUUGACGAUUUUUGACGAUGAUUUAUAAAUGGGAAGGAAGGUUUCUAAUGUAAUCUAACUACCGUAUUUUUCGGAGUAUAAGUCGCACCUGCCGAAAAUGCACAAUAAAGAAGGAAAAAAACAUAUAUAAGUCGCACUGGAGCCCGGCCAAACUAUGAAAAAAAACUGCGACUUAUAGGCCGAAAAAUACGGUAUUCAUCCGGCGUAAGUUACUGUUAUAAAAUGUUAGCCUUUUUCGUUGGAAAGGGGCCAUUGAAGUGAAAGAAUGUCUUAGAUAUAUUGAUCUAUUUGUGUAUUUCUCCUAUUUCUUUAGCGUUGACAGGUGUGCUUUGAUGAGUGGAAGGGUUUUUACCAUUUUAAGGAUGGGCAAAAUAACCGACUAACGUUUUGCAGCGUGGUUGCGUUUGUGAUGCUACGGUAACUGCUACGUUACGCUUUUUUUUAUCAACAUACACAUGGUACGUCAGCUAAAAACCAUUUAGGACAGCAGAAGACAAUUCCAAGCAAAUAGUUAUAUUUUGAUAAAGACGGGAAAAAACAUGCUACUCGUAAACGACAACAACAACAAACAUGGCUAUAGACGUGAAGUUAAAUCCUAAAAUGCAACUUUACCUGAGCAAAAACAAUACAUAUUUAUCCUGGAGAGUCUUGAUACCAAUUUCCUAGACCUAAAGAAGGUGUAGACCUCCAUGCUUUUACAAGUUUCAUCUGUUUUGUCGUGUAGUUUGACAUUUCUGGGAACGUGACGGACGGCUAAUCCUUGAUAUCACUCGACAAAUCUUUUUUUACAUAAAGUAUAGGAUCUAUUUCAUUGAUUUUUUUUUUUAGCUCGUAUCUGCUUUUUUGCAGGAAGAUCUAGGACUCUUGCAUACAAAAUAGUUCAGCACAACAGAAACUUGGUUACCCAUUUUUUUCACUUCCAGGAAGAAAUCACAUGUCGGAAUACAAGGAAUACUGAUAUGAUAUAAAUUCAACAAUGCCGUACAUUUGCAAACAGCUAAAAUGAUGUACAAAGCAAACUAUAAUCUGCUGCCCAAGAAUUACAAAAAAAUAUUCUCUACCAAGCACACACUUGAAAACAAGCAAGUUAUGCCAUGAAUCAUUUCAUAAAGUAAAACACUAAUGUAACAAAGUGAGCAGUGUUUGAAAACUAACAGUUAGUAUUAUUCCUCUACUGCUGAAGCUUUUAUCCAAGUGUAAAUAUAGGAACAUUUUCAAAUCUACACUAUCCAUCAAAGUAUUUAAAAUCAUACCAAUGCACAGAAAAUGUUAUUUAUUUUGGAUAUGUGUAAUAGUGUGAUGUUGUUGCGCUAUAUUAUGAACUAGACAGGGUGUUAUAUUUUAUUUGAAGUAUCGCUUUUAUUUUGAAGAACCGGAUGUCCGGUGCGGGAAGUGUCUUUGCUGGGUUUUUUUUCGAUUGCUUUACUUCCUCUUCCUUCGGACUUUUGAAUGAGAAGGAGCAGAUAUCACUCUGCCAGAAAGUUGAGACCUGUGUGUGUGUGUUUCAUGUUUCCAACACAGGUUUCCAAUAAAUACUGAACCGAAGGCAUGGUGAAGUGUCUUUUAUUUAAAAAAAUUACACAACGCAGAAUAAGACUCACUACAAAAUUGGUGCCGUGACCCGGAUCAAUUUUGUAGUGAGUCUUAUUCUGCGUUGUGUAAUUUUUUUAAAUAAAAGACACUUCACCAUGCCUUCGGUUAGUUCAUAAAUUCAAAUAAAAUAUAACACCCUGUCUAGUUCAUAAUAUAGCGCAACAACAUCACACUAUUACAUAUGGACAAUACCACUGAACCAGUGUCAUUUGUUUGUUGUAAUUCUAUCAAAAUCAACUGUCUUUUCCCAACACUAAAUUGAAUAAUAAAACAUAUUAAACUGUUCAUAAUGCGUAUUGAGCCAGCUCAGGCAACUUGAUUUACAAUAUUCCUAAGCAGGAAGAUAAUUCAUGAGUAACAGGACUGAACGUGCGUUUUUAGCAUAAAAGUAGAAAAUACAUCAAAUAUACUGAACUUAUGACACUAAGCACACAACACUGAUUUAACAAUAAAAUGAAUUACUUAACAUAACUGUGCUGAGAUUUUAACACCUUCCCCCCUUCCAGGCCAUUGUUUAAGACGUUUAGAAUGAUGCCAAUUGUGCAGAAUUGAUUAUUGAUGAAUCGCAUCUUGAAACCGAGAAGGCAAAAUGGAUGCACUACUUGCCUGCAACCAGUAGAGGCGCUCUUACUUCGUUUUCAAUUACAAAGAACGUCAACAAUGGGAAAUUCUGGCUGUGCUUCAAAUGUAAUACUUCUGUCAGUAAAAUUAAAUACAAAUAUACUACGUACUAUGGGUGCGCAAAUUUAGACAGGUGCUGUCCCAAAUCGAUUAUGUGUAAUUUUACCCAGUUCUCUAUUUACUGCCUUUUGCAGUACACUCAAUGUGUGAAUGUCAGUGCACUCCAAAGACUAGGAAGCGAGACACAGCCUUUGUGUAAGCCCAUCCCUAAUGAAACAUAUUGAGUGCAGAAAAAAAACAUAUCAGUUAGGAUUGGAAAAGCGGAACUAAAGCUGUCAGGUUUGGUUGCUCGUUCAUAGCAGACUUGAGAGAGAGAGAAAACGUUAUUGCUGCGAUAUCUCUGUUGUAAGCAGAAAAACAAUAGGAAGUGUUCAGUAGUCGUACUUUGUCAUUGGCAGAACCUUCUCGUUGUUUUGUGUCGCUUUUUUUUUUGUUGUUCGUUUGAUUUUUUGCUUUGGAGAAAAAAAAAGUGUUUAUUGUGAUUAUUGUUAUUUAGUGAUGUGAUAAUUAAACAUUCAAUAAAAAUGGAUUCAAAUUC